CCGCGCCCGCGCCCCCGCACCGCCCCGGAGUUUCUGCAUGACUGUCACAAAGAUGUCCUGGCGUCCGCAAUACCGCAGCUCCAAGUUCCGGAACGUCUAUGGGAAGGUGGCCAACCGGGAGCACUGCUUCGACGGGAUCCCCAUCACCAAGAAUGUGCAUGAUAACCAUUUUUGCGCCGUCAAUGCCCGCUUCCUGGCCAUUGUCACUGAGAGCGCGGGAGGUGGCUCCUUCCUCGUCAUCCCCCUGGAACAGACGGGCAGGAUUGAACCCAACUACCCCAAGGUCUGUGGUCACCAGGGCAACGUGCUGGACAUCAAGUGGAACCCCUUCAUCGACAACAUCAUUGCCUCGUGCUCAGAGGACACGUCGGUGCGGAUCUGGGAGAUCCCCGAGGGCGGGCUGAAGCGGAACAUGACAGAGGCUCUUCUGGAGCUGCACGGGCACAGCCGGCGCGUGGGGCUGGUCGAGUGGCACCCUACCACCAACAACAUCCUGUUCAGUGCUGGCUAUGACUACAAGGUCCUCAUCUGGAACCUGGACGUGGGCGAACCGGUGAAGAUGAUAGACUGCCACUCGGACGUGAUCCUCUGCAUGUCCUUCAACACUGACGGCAGCCUGCUUACCACCACGUGCAAGGACAAGAAACUGCGUGUGAUCGAGCCCCGCUCCGGCCGCGUUCUGCAGGAGGCGAACUGCAAAAACCACAGAGUGAACCGGGUGGUCUUCCUGGGAAACAUGAAGAGGCUUCUCACGACGGGGGUCUCCAGGUGGAACACGAGACAGAUUGCCCUCUGGGACCAGGAGGACCUGUCCAUGCCCCUGAUCGAGGAGGAAAUCGAUGGGCUCUCCGGCCUCCUGUUCCCCUUCUACGACGCUGACACACACAUGCUCUACCUGGCUGGAAAGGGAGACGGAAACAUCAGGUACUACGAGAUCAGCACCGAGAAGCCCUACCUGAGUUACCUCAUGGAGUUCCGCUCCCCAGCCCCGCAGAAAGGCCUCGGGGUUAUGCCCAAGCACGGGCUGGAUGUGUCUGCCUGCGAGGUGUUCCGAUUCUACAAGCUGGUGACUCUCAAGGGCCUGAUUGAGCCUAUCUCCAUGAUCGUGCCCCGGAGGUCGGAUUCCUACCAGGAAGACAUUUACCCCAUGACGCCAGGCACAGAGCCAGCUCUGACCCCCGAUGAGUGGCUGGGAGGCAUCAACCGAGAUCCUGUGCUGAUGUCUUUGAAAGAAGGCUAUAAGAAGUCCCCCAAAAUGGUAUUCAAGGCUCCCAUCAAAGAAAAGAAGAGCGUUGUGGUCAACGGAAUAGAUUUAUUAGAAAAUGUCCCACCCAGGACAGAGAAUGAGCUCCUCCGGAUGUUCUUCCGGCAGCAGGAUGAGAUUCGGAGGUUGAAAGAGGAGCUGGCCCAGAAGGACAUCCGCAUUCGGCAGCUACAGCUGGAACUGAAAAACUUGCGCAACAGCCCCAAGAACUGUUAG